AUGGCGAAAUAUCGUGGAAAAACAUAUUUAGGCUAUGAGGAAGAUGUAAUAACUGACAAAGGUGUAACUCAGUUAAACUACACGAUCAAUAAAAUUGGCGGAACACCAAAUUGGCCACCUCUGGAUAAUGUACAGUUUCCCCUCAAAUGUCCAAGGUGCAGUUUGUACAGAUUACUAGUAGUUCAAUGCUAUGCUCCAUUAGAAGGCUCUGUCUAUCAUAGAACAUUAUAUGUUUUUGCCUGUAUUAAUCCUCACUGUUGGAAUCAAUCUGAAUGUUGGACAUGUGUUAGAAGUCAAAUUAAAGAUGAACCUAAGGACACUAGUGCAGUUGUAUUGAUGCCAUGUAUGGAUACAAAACUCAGUUGGUGUAAGGGUUCUGAUGACUGGGAUGAGAAUGAUAAUGGGGAUUCAACUAAUGGCAAUGUCGUUGACAUGGAUAACAGCCCAAUUAAUAUGCAAAGAAAUUCUGAUGAAGAGGAUGAAAGCAAUUCUUACGACUUAGAAGCUGUUGAACAGGCACUGGGAAAUUUACAAGUUGAUGCUCACAAUGCAAAUUUGUCACCAGUUCAAGGUGCCGUUGGUGCAAUUGGUGCACCCAUACCAGCUGCGGAGUUGGAAGGUGAUGAUGAAUGUGGUCUGGUCAUUGUAGACACACCAACAGCGCCUGCAAACAAUAUGCAGCUCUUAUUUAAUCAAACUGAGGAACUUCCACCAGACAUUCGUAGCAGGCUGUUAUUGGGGCCAAUACAAUUUGUCCCUAAAUAUAUUUAUGUUGAAGAGGAAUGGAAUCAAACAGCACAUGAUGAUGACCAAGUAACAGAUUUGCUCAACAAAUAUAAAAUGGAUAAUGAACUGGAUGCUGGUAUUGGCGACGUUCCCGCCGGAUGUGACGAUGAGACUUAUGAGGAAGCAACACCAUUACAUGGUGAUAGAUUGUUCCACGCUUUCGUUACAAGACUCAAAGCAAAUCCUGGACAAAUUCUUCGAUAUUCUCGUGAUGAAGCACCACUUCUAGGAGCUUCGCUGCCAGUAAAGGAAAGCGCACAUGAAUAUUCUUGUCGGCAGAAUACUUGUACACGUUGCGGUUCAAAACUUAUAUGUGAACUUCAAUUAGUGCCCGGUUUUGCAGAAACUUUAGCUAUUUCUCCAAACAAUAUUUCACUACCACAUUUACACUUUCUCUCAGUUCUCAUAUUCACAUGUUCUCAAAGUUGCUGGCAGCUGUCUGACACAUUGGUUGAAGAAACUGUCAUCUUCCAACCAGAAAUGAUUUAA